CUGAGAGGCCUCAGUCCCUGCCGACGCCCGGGGCGAAGGCCACAGAGGUAAGGGGCUGGGCAGCCCGAGCUGCUGCGGUCGCGGGGAGCGGGCAAUGGAGGCACGCGCUCUCCCCGCACAUCACCAUGAGUUUCCUAAUAGACUCCAGCAUCAUGAUUACCUCCCAGAUACUUUUCUUUGGAUUUGGGUGGCUUUUCUUCAUGCGCCAACUGUUUAAGGACUACGAGGUACGUCAGUAUGUCGUACAGGUGAUCUUCUCGGUGACUUUUGCAUUUUCUUGCACCAUGUUUGAGCUCAUCAUCUUUGAAAUCUUAGGCGUGCUGAAUAGCAGCUCCCGUUACUUCCACUGGAAACUGAACCUGUGCGUCAUUCUCCUGAUCCUGGUCUUCCUGGUGCCUUUCUACAUCGGCUAG